AUAAACCGUUUUCGUCCCCCUUGUUGUCGUUACGAAGUCAGUAGCCUAAUUGGCAAUAUGAUGUCGUUUGAUUUAUUAUUUUGCCAGAUGGAAGUGUCGGGGACACUCGCUUUCAUGUCGACCGUGUCUUGGUGGUAGACGAGUUACGUCACUUUAAACGUGUGGGAUUUUGAAUUCAGUCUGGCAGCCCCGGUACGCAGCGUGCACUUCAUUUUGGAGGCAAAAUAGUAGCUUUAUUUAUCGAGAGCGUGAACUCAUCGGUUUUUCAAGAAGUUUCUACGAAGUCAUAUCAGAUAUCAAACCAGAAAAACAAUGCGUAUAUAUUUUUGUGGUAGCAUCCGCGGAGGGCGACAGGACGUAAACAUUUAUCAGAGAAUUGUGAAAAAAUUGCAAACGUACGGCAAAGUUCUAACGGAGCAUGUCAGCCACGGUGACAUUUCUGAAAAAGGUGAAGAUUCAGCACUAAAGGGGGAUCGUGCCAUCCACGACCGAGACAUGGAGUGGCUCGUGGCGGCCGAUGUGAUAGUGGCCGAGGUGACGCAGCCCUCUCUUGGCGUCGGGUACGAGCUGGGGCGAGCGGUGGCCAUGCACAAGAAGAUUCUCUGCCUCUUCCGACCCUCGUCUGGACGAGUCCUGUCUGCCAUGAUCCGGGGUGCCGACGGCGAUUCUCCGAGCUCUGCGCUCCAGGUGCGAGACUACAGCGAGGAUGAGGUGGAGACGGUUCUGCAGGAGUAUUUCAGCACCCUCACGCCCAACGUUGAAACACGUUAACGUGCGAUCUACAGGACCUCUUAGACCUGUGAUGACAUGACACCUGUGCACUGCUGUAGCUACCAUCAGCAAACGUCAGACAACAUCACUUUCCAGACGUGCUCCUUUAAGCAGAUUGUUUUCAGACGACACAUAUGCGGCAAGUCUCUUAUUUUUUUUGAAAACUGAAAGCAACAUGCAGAAAACUGAUAACAACGAGAACGUGACACUUCAUAGCUACGCAUGGAAUCAAAGCAGGUUGGGGUGAAAAGGGGUCAGUGUAAAAAAUUUUUUUUUUUUUUUUGGAAAUGGUUUGCGGUCUGAUAAGCAAUGGCAAUAAACAGUAUUACAGUCUGUCCAGCUGAAGUAAAGGUUAUUCCAGUAUUUUUUUAUUUUUUUAUUUUUUGCUCUUUUAUAUAAACCGCUCUGGUUUACAGGCAUGUACAGGCCUGUCCUGCAGUUCUCUCAAGACAGGGAAUAUGUUAUUUUGACCUAUUUUUUGUUUAUGUCUUUUUGUUUAGUUCCAAAAUUUCCUCCCCGAAUAGAAUCGUAACCGUUGGCUCAUCCCAUUACUGUAAAUUUUGGAGGGUGCACUCUAGCACAGCCAUCCUGCAGUGUGUGUGUGUGUGUGUAGUUAAACAGCACUCACAGAUUGUGCAGACAGGUUGCAACUCUGUGAUCGUCCAGAGGGGGCGCCGUUGAGCAAUGAGGCGGGAGAUACCGUGCUGACCAGUACUCUUGUUCUUCGUCUUUACCAGAGCAACGCUGUUGCCAGCUGUGCUUUGCCAGGACAAAUUCCUGCCUUGUUUUAUGGUUGUGCCUUCCCAGUGCUGUCUGGGGCAAAUGAUCAUGCUGUAUUGUUGGAUGUGACACUUCAUGUGUCCUCCAAGAAGAACAGAUGAGAUUCCUAGAUCCAUAAGCUUUUGAGAAUGCACAAAACGACAUUGGCUUGUUUUACGUAAAAGUUCUGUAUGUUUUCGUCUAUGGGCAGCCUUCUCUCCUUCCCUACCUCCCUCCCUCCUUCCCCUUUUCUCCCAGCCUCUCUGUAUAUUUACACACACACACACACAUAUACAUAUAUAUAUAUAUAUAUAUAUAUAUAUAUCAUGUCAUAUAAUUCCUCAAAAAAGCUGUUAUUACUGGUGCCCCUUGAUAAAAUAAUACAUUUCUAAAUCUCCCCUGAGAAAAAUGCAGUUUGACAGCUUGUUUACAUGAGCACUUUCAUGUGGGCGGCUUAUUUUGAAAGAUUUAAUAUCCCACAUAAAUGAACGGUAAUUAUCAGCUGCCAACUGUAUUUUCAUUUGUUGGGAGUCGCAUAUCAGUGAAGUGUUUGAAUUAAGUCCCCCCCCCCCCCCCCCCCCCCCCCCCCCCCCCGAAUACGUCUAAAGGUAGCGUAACACGAGAAUGAAAGGUGAAAAGAUGAGAAAUAACAAUGGUAGCUCCUCUCUUGGUCUGUGUUUAUUAGCAGACUUCAUUGCUUUCCCUGCUCAGGGAGCUAGUGCAGUAGAGUACCUGCGGUAUGUGACCUUUGCGAAGGUGAAUGCAUUAUCUCUGGUGAACCCGUAUAUGGCAGACUGAAGGCUGACUGCUGACUGGUGACCCACCCCCCCCAGCCUCCAUCUUGGCUCCCCUGGGCCUUGGGCUUCCCAUUUUUAAAUAAUAAUAAUAGGACACUACUGGACUGUACUGGAAUUUGUGCAUUUAUGUGUAGCUAGAGCGGGUGGUUUUCACAGUCCUGCUAAUGUCAUAUGCCCUGUUUAAAAUAAAAUAAAAAAUACUCCUGGGAAAAUUGUUCCACCAAAAGGCAUUUCUUCAUUCUUUCUCUGUUCAAAUUCCAAAUUUCAGAGUUAACAUUUGUGUUCAUGUGAACUGUAUGAACAUUUUUUUAUUGUAUUGCCGGAGCUCUACAUUAAAAUAUAAA